UACUGGACGAAGCCGUCAAUUGACGAGCUGACCAAGCUUAAUUUCCAAGAUCUUACUCAUGUGGAGAACUUCACUGUGGGGCGAAAUGGCUAUGGUCAGGUACGAUUCGUGAAUCCAGUCGAUCUCACUGCCGUUGGGAACCUUCGCGAUAUCCCGGGCAAGGUUGUCGUCUUCAAUAACAAGGAGUGCACCGUGUAUCCCAAUGAGGAUGAAAAACCGAACGAAGGUGAAGGGCUCAACGUAGCUGCUGUGAUCAGUCUCCACAAUUGCUUCCCCACGAAUAAAGGCACGAGUGAGCCAUUCACUGAUAUGAAAGCCCGCAAAAUGGAAAUGCACAUCGCGAAGCUUCGUAGAAUGCAAGACACCACUUUUGUCGACUUUUCAGACAAAGGUGUUUGGACAUUCCGAGUCGAGCAC